UUCCACCAGGAUUUCUGGAUCCCAGAAGAACCAUAAGAGGACACAAAAUGGCCGUUUCAGAGAACAAGCAGAAGAUGCUCCGGGGCGAGCUUUACCAUGCCUUCACUGACGAGCUUGUCGCUGAACGCAGUCGCACUAAGCAUGCGUACACGCGGUAUAACAAUGCCGGUGACAUUACGAGACGUGAAUUGACUGUAUUGUGGCGGGAGUAAGUGAGGCUCCAAUCACAAUACCAUGUGCUUUCCUCCCAAUGCUACUGCUCUAACCCCAUACAUAGCGUGGUAGGAGACAAAA